AUUGCGUUGCUGUCCUUCCACGUUGCAGAGAUGGUAGCCGGUACUGUUAUUUUGAAGCAGCGUAGUUGAAUGUUGCUUUGAAGUGAGUGUUCAAGAACUGGGAUAAAUCGAUUUUUAUAACAGAAAAAUUAAUUUUAGAACAACGGAACGAAAUGAAGAAGUUUAACAUUUUUUUAUUAGUUUUCAUUUCAACAAUUACUUUUACAAUGAAUAGAGUUUAUACUCAAGAAGAUGAAAAUAUAGAUGAUAUUGUAGAUAUUGAAGGAGAAGAUAAUUCUAUAAUAACAGAUGAAGAACCAGAAGAUGAAAUAACUACUGCUUCAUCUGAUGCAGAUACAACUAUAUUAUUUACUAAACCAGUUUACAAUGGAUUAUCAACAUUAGAAUUACCAGCUGGAAAUUUAGUUGAAUUUCUUGUUGGUUUCACCAAUAAAGGAGAAUCUGAUUUUGUUCUUGAAUCUGUAGAUGCCUCUUUUCGUUAUGCAAUGAAUUUUAAUUUUUAUAUUCAAAAUUUUUCAACUGUUAUAUACAACAAGAUUGUAAAACCAAAACACGAAGCAACAUUAGCAUAUUCAUUUAUUCCAUCAGAAAAUCUUGCUGGAAGGCCUUUUGGCUUUAAUAUUAAUUUGAAUUAUAGAGAUGCUAAUGGUAUUAGUUUCAAUGAAGCUGUCUACAAUGAAACUGUGCAAAUAAUAGAAUUGGAUGAUGGUCUUGAUGGAGAAACAAUUUUCUUAUAUGUCUUUCUGGCAGCAUGUGUAAUAUUAACCCUUGUAGGAGGGCAACAACUUCUUUCAUCUCUUGGCCGUAAAUCUCGAUCUUCUAGUACUCGUAAAACACCUGUUGAAAUGGGUACUUCCAAUCCUAAUAAUGUAGAUUAUGAUUGGUUACCAAAAGAAACAUUAAAUAGAAUUAAUAAAUCUCCUAGAACUCCUAGACAAAGCCCUAGGCAACGAAAAGUUAAAAGAACUGAUGACUGAUAUUAAUAUAUGCGUGUGCCUGUGUGUGUGUCUGACUAUCAUGUGUAAAUAAAAGAGGAAGUAUGGUUUGACAUUUAUGAUAAUUCUUUAACAAAAAAUUUUCACAUUUUUGCAUUUAUGAUAUAUUAAAAUGAGAAUUUAAUUAUUAUUAUGUAUUUAAAAUAUAAAACAAAUGGUUUACAUUAUACUUUGUAAUGAAACAAAAUAA